CUUGUUGAAGAUCGCCACCCUGUGUGCAAGUUAGAAACUAAAGUUCCGAGAGAGAAGACGGUGUUACUGUAAUCAGAAUGAACAGAGAUGAGUUGCCGUGAAUAACAACUAUGGAUAUACCUUAACAGAGAGGACACUGGUGUGUCUGUAAACUUUCCAAUAUGUUAAUGAACACAAAAAGACUGGUCUGCUUCUUGCUGUACAAUGUGUUGCUUCCUAUCACUUUACUGGCAGCUGUAAUUUUUCGUUACAAUGGGCUGUCAUUUGUGUACGCAUGUCUGCUGUUGGUGCUGCCACUGCUGCAUACGCCAUCGCAGAAGCACAUGGCAGGGCAUACAGGGCGAUACCUUAGAGCAGUCCUUGCGCUGAGUUCCAUAGCCUUAAUAUUUCAGAUUAUUUUUCAAAUAUUCCUAGCUGUAUAUGCAAAAGCUCAUGGGGAACCUUACGGUGCUAUUUUACCAAACUGUUCACAAGAAGAAAAAAUACUUCGCCAGUUUGGAUUUCAAAGGGUGGACGAGGCCAAUGUUCUCAACAUCGCCCGUCUCUUAGUCCCCGAUGUCGCCAUGUUCACAAUCUCUUUAAUAACAUUUAUAGUGUGUUGGAAACUCAACCCUCCCCCCAGACCUUCAGACCCCCAGCAACCAGUACGCAGAAGUUCACUUCUCAGUCACAAAAAGGUGUCCUACCAACAGUACAUACAGGAUCUUGGCGAUGUCAUAGCAAUUUUAUUUCUGGGCGUGGCCGGGAUAGCCCAUCCGUCUGUUAUCUCUGCGGUGUAUUUUCUGUCAUUUUUGUUUAUUGCCACCUGGUGGGCCUGUUAUCGCGGGCUGGGGCAGUCGUACAGGCGGUUCCGGUUGGUCCUGCUGGUGUUCAGCGGGGUCCACUUACUGCUGUUGUAUCUGUACCAGUUCCAGUUCUUCCAGGAGAUUCUGGAUCAUGAGGACUUUUAUGCAAGACUGUUUGGGCUUACGGGGAUCAUAGAGACCAGCUGUAGUAAAGCCUGGGAGGUGGAGUUCUACGUCAACCCUUGGCCAGUCUAUGUGAGCCCCGCGGUCAUCCUGGCAUUUUACUGGAUCCUGGCCAUUGAAGUACGACUCUGGAUGUCACAUAUCUCAGACGUUGAGCAGCACCCCCCUGGCAGUGAUUCGGCAUCCCCUAGCAUGCUGCGUGCUCACAUGAAGCGACCAAAGUCUCGUAGCCGUGCCGUGUCAGAGAAGCAGGUAGAGAAGGAUCCAGCAGAAGAGACGACUCCCAAGAUGCCUGAUUUAACAGGAGGUAGCAUACAGCGUUUGGUGGAAAACGAGGAUCGGCCCAUCAGUUACAACUCUCUGGAGCCUGUCCCCCCUGACUCCCCCAGUCACCAGGACAGUCCUCCUCCGGCCAAUCCGGCCACAACUGACCAUACCAAACCACAGAGGUCUAUAUGGGGGACUAUUUUCUUCUACCUGAUGAGGCAGAGCUAUAUUGUAACCCUAGUUGUCAUGAUGCUUUGGAGCAUAACCUACCACAGUUGGUUGACCUUUGUGUUCCUAUUGGCUGCUUGUAUUAUCUGGAUGACGCCCCACUCUCGCACUGUCUGCCUCCAUGCCUCCCCUGUCAUAAUCCUGUACGCCCAUUGCUUGCUGAUCAUUGGCUACGUGUUUGGUCUCAGUAUUGAGAAGGAGCUGCCAGGGACAGAGACCUAUGAGGAGAUUGGGUUAAACCGCUAUCCAUACCCUUGUCUGCCUCUUGGCGUAAAGGUUAUCUAUACGUUCUUCUUCUGGCUGACGCUGCGUCAGUGGCGUAAGGAGACCACUCUGAACAAACAGCUAGAGCUGGAGAAGGGGCUGGAGUUGGAGGCCCGCCAAGAUCAAGGCAGACAGGAUGUUGGUCAUACCGACGGCAAAGACAGUGACACCAUGACAAAAAUAGGAAAAGCUGUGAUGAGUUUCCUAUCCAAGUAUUGGAUAUUGGUUUGUUCUGCUAUGAUGUUAGCUAUGGGUAUAAUAGACAAACCUGUGCUGUACAGAUGUGUCUACAUGCUGCUCUUCUUGCUCUAUAUCAUCAUAUUCCAGCUGUUGUACAAAGUCUGGAGGUUUGUCCUGUAUGUGUUCUGGUGGGUGGUUAUUAUCUACUCUAUGCUUGUCCUCAUCCUGAUCUACACCUACCAGUUCAACGCCUUCCCCAGCUACUGGAGGAAUGGCACAGGACUGUCUGAUGACAUACUGGCAGACAUAGGACUUGAGCGGUACGAUGUGGCGGGGUUAGUGCUCAAGAUGCUCACCCCCACUGUAUUCCUGAUCAUGGUGAUACUACAAGUACACUACUUCCACAAACCCUUCAUGCUGAUGAGUGAUGUCAAGAGAUACUUGUUGCCAGGGCAGGAGUUUGAGUUACAGCUGUGGAAGCCAGCGCCCCCUGGUGAGGCCACAGAUGGGGAGCAGACGGAGGGCGAGGGGGAAGAUGAGGGUGCUGAAAAGAAGAAAAAGAAAAGAGGACUCCUGAGUUCCAUGAAGCACUAUUCGGACACUUUGUGGGAGAAAGGAAGUGAGUGGUACAUAGUGCUGUACAGGCUGCUAUGGCGGGUGCUAGAAAUACACAUAUUUAAAGUGGUGGCCUUUACUAUUACUAUGGUGGCUGUAUUACAUGUCUCAGCUUUGUCCUUCAUCUUCAUCUUCUUCCUGAUGAUAUUCAUGCCCAUUGGCCGUCUCCGCGUGGUAGCCUCACAUCUUUGUCAGGUGUGGGCAGCUCUGGUCAUCCUGGCUAAAAUGGCGUUCCAACUGCGUAUAGCUCCAACAGAUUACGUUUAUACUAACUGCACGAACAUGUCCAGUCAGCAUGACAAUGGCAGUAUCUUCACCAAUGAGACAGUGAACAAUGCUGUGUGGGUGGGGUUGGAGAAGGUACCUGAUGUGGCCUAUUAUGUCAAGGACUACAUUGCCAUAGUCCUCAUCCUGGCAUUUGAAGCCGUGAUCAAGGUCCACCAGCGCCAGUUUUACCUGAACCCCGUGGAAGAGAAACCCAAACCUGGCAUCGUGUUCCCCGCCGUCAAGCGGCCGCAUGCUGACACUGGCAUAGAGGGCUGCCUGAAGUUCUUUGCCAAUUAUUUCUUCUAUAAGUUUGGAUUGGAGAUGUGUUUCAUCAUGACAGUGAUCACGAUAUGUGUGCGCGUGGAUGCAUAUUCCGUGCUGUAUGCUAUAUUCCUGGGUGUUCUGCUGUUACUGGGAAGAAAAGGCUGUUCUAUCAUUUGGCCUGGCUAUGUGAUCACGCUGGCCAUACUGCUGCCUUUACAGUACCUGUCAUGUCUGGGAUUUCCUCCAGGAUUAUGUUGGGUCUACCCCUGGGGGGAAUUUUCUGAGUUUGACAAAAAUUUGGAGAUGUGGCUUUAUUUACCAGACUAUUCAACAGAGUUUGCUCCUAACCCAUACAAGUUGAUAGCGGAUUUCUUCCAGUUGCUCCUGGUAUGUCUGCAGUGGCAAGUGUUUUCAAUGGAGCACACCUCUGGAGCAGACAUCCCUGAUGGCGGAGACAAUUCUGUCCUCAUUGAGAACCUGAAACCUGAACAGGAAAACCCCACAGAGGAUUUUAUCUCACAUAAGAGGUCAUUCCUGGAUGUAAUAAAACAUGGUGUGUUCAUGUACUGGUUCUGGGUCACGCUGGUCAUUGUAUUCAUCGCCGGGACCAGUCGUAUCAGUAUAUUCUGUAUGGGGUACCUGAUUGGCUGCUUCUUGUUGCUAUGGUAUGGACAGGAUAUGUUCCUGAAGCCACUAAGACAGCUGCUAAAGAUGUGGAAUAUUCUCCUAGCCUAUACAUUUGUGGUGAUCUUUCUGAAGGCCAGCAUGCAGGUGAUAGGGUGUGUGUACUUCACACAGCUCUACUCAAACUACUGCUGGGUGGUGCAGCUCUUCAAUAUCAUAUGUCUCAAGGCUGGAGUCAAUAUAUUCAACUCUGGGACUAAGAGUUACAACAAUGAUGGUCCACUUGUAGUCAAUUACGAGGACUGUACUCUCCCAUAUGAUGAGGCAGGAAUGGCCUGGGAUGCUGUUGUCUUCAUCUUUCUCCUCAUCCAGAUCCGAAUCUUCCGCAGCUAUUAUUUUGACCAUGUAGUCAUAGAGCUCACUGCACAGAACAUGUUAGCAUCAAGGGGAGCAGAACUGAUCAACUGGCGUCUGAUUCGAGAUGUUAGGAAGAGGAAGGAGGAGGAGGAAGCUGUCCUCAGGAAUAUCAAACGCAAGAUGGAGAGAAUAAAACUGCGGCAGCAGAGAAUCAGUAACAAGUACACAGAACACGAGGACCAUUAUAAAAAUGGUGUGCAAUGGGACAGUAGCUACAGCACAGCAAUUCGUUCUGGAGACUACUACAUGUUUGAAGAUGACUCGGACGAGGACACCAUUUCCACGGACAUUCAUCUUGGCAGGGAUGAGGAUGAAGAUGAAGGGACGGAGGAGGAGGACAGGAAACCAGGACCAAUGGAGUUGCUGACCACAGCACUGGAGCAGGGUACAGGGGCAGCCCUGGACAAGGCACAGGUGCCCACAGAAGGAGAACACACAGGAGAGGAACAGCCCCCAGGUCAGUCAGGCACUGAGGGUAGUGCCACGGGGCCCAGCACCACUCAGACUGGCCCCAGCGGUGCUGAUGGUGGCAGUGGUGGUGGUGAGGAUGGAGCAGAGGAGGAAGAGGAGGAAACAGAAGCAACAAAAUGGCAGAAAGUGAAGAACUACUUGAAGCUGGGUGUUGCCUUCUUUGGAAGUCUUCUAGAUUCCUUCAUCAACCUGCUGAAUGACAUCUCACGGGACUACAGACUUGUGGCACGCAUUCUAGAGCGCGAAAAGGACCAGAAGAAGGAAGAAAUAAAACAUGGAGGAAGGGAGAUGGAAGACUCAACCAGAGCUGAUCAGUCAGAUGAAGAAGCUGUUAGGAAACCUGCAGAAGUGAGAAUUGAAGUGGAGCCGAGCAGUGCUAGAGACAACAUGACAUUGGUGCAUUUAGAGACUCUAGAGCAACAAGCCUUUGAUGACCUGGAAUACCUGGAACGCCACUCCAGAAUUUACCGCCUUCUUAGCGCCCUCUAUACGGCCAUCAUCUCACGGACAGAGCUCCUGUGCUACUUCUUCAUGAUCCUGAACCAGAUGCUGUCAGCCAGUCUGCUGUCCCUGCCGUACCCGUUUGCCGUGUUCAUGUGGGGGAUGUUGUCUGUGCCCAGGCCAGCCAAGGUGUUCUGGAUCACCAUCAUUACCUACACAGAAGCGGUGGUGGUCCUCAAGUACCUGUUCCAGUUUGAGUUCUUCCCCUGGAACUCUGAGGUCUUGGUUCGCAAGGAUGACGUGUUUUGGCCGCCCAGGAUCCUGGGAAUCGAGAAGAAGGAUAACUACGCAACCGUGGACCUGUUUUUACUGCUUAUACUCUUCAUACAUAGAUCUGUGCUGAAGGGUUAUGGACUGUGGAAAGAUGAGCAGAGUCUUGAGGAAGAUUUCCGCAAGGCUGAAGCCAGUGAGAGAAGCCACCCGGGCUCCCCUGAAGACGAGAAUGUGACCCUGAGCACAGAGGCUGGUGCUGCUAGUGAUGAGAAGGAAAGCAGUGGGGAGACUGCAGCUGAAGAGGACGAGCAAGGGGAGGAAGAGGGAGAGGAGGAGGAGGAGAUGUUGGAUGAAGAGGAGGAGGAAGAGACAAAGAAGAAGAAAAAGAAGAAAAGAAAGAGGAAGCCCACCAUGUCAUGGACCAAGUCAGUGAAGGAGUUCUAUCAGAAUAUGACCAAUCCUCUAUACAAUGCCACGGCAGAUGCCUAUGCUCCCAUGUUUGCCUGUGACUUCAUUAACUUCCUCAUCAUCAUGUUUGGGUACUGGGCAUUUGGACCACCUACUGCAGCUAGUGGGGAUGCCUCCAGUGUGGCUACUUAUAUAUCAGAAAACAGGAUCCCAUGGCCAUUCCUGGUCAUGCUGAUUGUCCAGUUUGUCCUGAUAGUGGUGGACAGAGCUCUGUACCUGAAGAAGGACGUGUUUGGCAAGUUUGCGUUCCAGAUUAUCCUGGUCCUGGUGCUACAUAUUUGGGUAUUCUUUGCUCUGCCUGCUAUCACUGAAAGAAAAUUUGUAGACAAUGUCCCAGCUAAUCUAUGGUACUUUGUGAAGUGUGUUUACUUUGGGUUGUCUGCCUAUCAGAUCAGAUGUGGCUAUCCGACCAGAAUCCUAGGCAACUUCCUCACCAAGUCCUACAACUACCUCAACCUCUUCUUAUUCAAAGGCUUUCUGGCCAUCCCGUUCUUGCUGGAGUUGCGUGCUCUGAUGGACUGGAUCUGGACAGACACCACCCUGGCGCUGGGCAGCUGGCUGCAGAUGGAGGAUAUCUACGCCAAUAUCUACGUCCUCAAGUGCUGGAGGACUGCAGAAGAUAAAUACCCCACACCUAGAGGCAACCCACGGCGAGCAAUAGUGAAAUAUGGAUUUGGUGGCUUGGUGCUUUUCCUCAUCAUCUUCAUCAUCUGGUUCCCGCUGGUCCUCUUCUCCUUCGCCAACACUGUGUACCUGUCCAACCCUCCCAUAGAGUGCAGGAUCUCUGUGGAGCUGGCAGGAUAUCUGCCCCUGUACCAGAUGAAUGCCCAGCCGGGCCAGAUAUACCAGUUCACAGACCAGGAUUACAGGACACUGCAGGAUAACUAUAAAAUGGAUAACGAUGUCCAAGCAUUCCUGAGUAUCUAUGAGGCCAAGGAUACAGUGAGGAUAGAAGUCCUGGGGACGUCCACCGCCACCUGGGCCAUCAGCCCGCCCACCAUGAUGGACAUGGUGAAGGACCUGAACGACACGAAGAAGGACAUCAAGAUCAGGCUGAAGGUGGAGAUGAUCAGGGAUCCAAAAAAAGGCCAGUCAGCCAACAUCAUCAGUCAGUGGUUUGAGCAGCCACUCAAUAAAAGUCAAAGAAUCGAACUUGCUAGGAUUGUUAAUACUAGUAAUACAUUUGGAAGUUUGGGCAGUAUAUAUGUGUUGAGGCUCCUUCCAAAGUUUCUCCAAGUCCCUGUGAAUGGACGACCGUCAGAAGUCUCUGCUCUUAAAGCUGGAAGUCCUCUCCCCACCAACAUCAGCCUGACCCUGAAGAGAGGGGACGUCUUCAACAAUGAGAGUACCAGUGCUGAGUGGUGGGAGGUUCAGGAGUUUGUCAGAGGGAGAUACAACCUGAACUCAAAUGACAAACUGGUUAGAAGAGAUUACCUGACACUGGUGGCCUUCAGUGAGAGGGUGGCACCUCCUGGGUUUGAUUUGCUCACAGGAUAUGGGGAAAUGAAUUCUUUCUCUGGGCUUGUAGUUCUGUUUUUUGGUUUUAGCUGAGAAGAUCAGAUUUUGACCUAAAAAAAAUGAGGGGAAAUUGCUGAAUUGAUAAUUUACACAUUUCAGUUAAUAACUUUUGAUAGUGUAGGGUGAAAUUGAAAAUUAGCCCAGCCAUGGAGUGCUUAGGUUUAUAGUGCUAGAAUAGGAAUCAAUGUAUUAAUUAUAAAUGGUGAUGCACUCAAGAUUUUUAAAACAUGGAUUAAUAAUGUGAUGUGCAAGACAAUGUUUUAACGGGGAGUGUAAAUUUUUCUUGGGGGG